AUGGGCUGGGAAAUCCUUGAAGGAAAAAGGGCAGAUGGAAUUAGGCUAAGGCUGAAGUUUUUGGAGGAGAAUUUAGUUGGGAAAAGAUGGGAGUUAAAGCUGGAACUUGGGAGGAUCCAGCCACUGUUGAGGUUUAAGCAGAAGAAUGGUUCAAAUGGAAUGGAAUGUGGAGAACAAGUAGCUAAGUUGAGAGGAGAGAUCAAUAAUUUUUAUCAGUUGGAGGGUGAGUCUCUUUAUGAUGCUUGGGAGAGAUUUAAAUACUUGUUAAGAAAGUGUCCCCACCAUGGUAUUGAGAAGUGGAUGCUAGUCCAUAAUUUCUAUAAUGGUUUGUGCGGCACUACUCGCACCAUUAUUGAUGCAGCAACAGGGGGUGCUUUUAUGAGCAAGAGUGCCAAUGAGGCAUAUGAACUGUUGGAAGAAAUGGCCAUGAACAAUUAUCAGUGGCCUAGUGAGAGGGGAAAUCCAAGGAGAGUGGCUAGAAUGCAUGAGAUUGAUGCCAUCUCUAUGCUUAGUGCUCAGGUUGCUACUCUUACAAAACAGCUACAAAACAAUAUCGUGACAGCCCCAGUGAUGCAAGCUCAAGUGAUGUGUAAACUAUGUGGUGGACCCCAUUCUUUUGAACAGUUCCAAUUUGGGGAUGUGAACAAUUUGCCAUUAGAGCAAGCACAAGCUAUUGGGAAUUUUCCAAGACAGCCUAAUAAUCUGUACUCUAAUUUCUAUAAUCAAGGAUGGCGAAAUCAACCGAACUUUUCUUGGAAGAAUGACCAACAACCCCAAUCAUCAGUUCAACAGCCACAACAGUCAUUUCAGCAACGACCUCUGGGGUUUUAUCAACAAAUAUUCAGGCCUCAACAACAACCACCUCAGCCGCCUAUGCAACAACAACAGAAUCAUGUGAGACAGCCUGAUACUCAGUCUGAUGUUCUUAAUCAACUCAUGACUAAGACGCGUUCUUCUAACAGAAACUUGGAGACUCAGAUGGGGAAAUUGGCUACUCUUAUGGCCAACCGAGGUCAAGGUAAUCUACCUAGCACCACUGAAUUCAACCCAAAAGAACAUUGUAAGGCUAUUACUUUGAGAAGUGGGAAGAAGUAUGAAGGGCCAAGCACAAAGCAGUCAAUUGAAGACAAGGAUCAGGAUAACCAGGCACAGUGGAACAGAAGCAAGGUGAAGACAAGGCUCUGCAAGAACAACUUGGAUAAGCAGUUUUCUAAGUUCCUUGAAGUAUUCAAGAAACUGCAUAUCAACAUCCCAUUUGCGGAGGCCUUGGAGCAAAUGCCAAGUUAUGUUAAAUUCAUGAAGGACAUCCUGUCUAAGAAGAGAAAGAUGGGAGAGUAUGAAACUGUGGCAUUGACAGAAGAGUGCGGCGCCAUUCUGCAAAGGAAGCUUCCAUAG